AUGCACCAGCAGUCUGCGCUCUCCACCAGCCCGCCUUCGCCUUCGUCCCAGUACUUCUCACCCUCCACACAUAGACAGCGCCACUCCUUCGCCAGCUUCAACUCACACCACUCUGCAGACGAAGACGAUUCGCCCCUGAGCAGACCCACGCUCCACCAGAUCCUCCUCAACCAGGGGCGUGGUCAGUACACCCUCGACAACUUUGGCGCCUUCUUGCAGUCUCAAUUCUGCUACGAGAACCUUGCCUUCUGGCUUGCUUCCAGACAGUACAAGCUUUGCGCUCAAUCCCUAUACCAGUCCGUUCACCAGUCUGUCCCCAUGUUCAACCUACAUGCAGAAUCAGCCCAGUACUUGAACCAGUCGCAAGCACGCGCUUUCUCAGAUCUCCAACGCAAGAUGCGCGCUAUCCUCGAUACCUUUGUCCUGCCCAGCAGCCCUCAUGAGCUCAACCUCUCGGAUGCAGUCCGCUGUCGACUGUUGAGGUCGGUGGCCGAGGGCAAUUAUCACCCACAGGUCCUGGAGCAGGCACGCGAGUCCAUCAUGGAUCUGAUGAAGUGCUCGAGCUACCCUUUGUUUGUUGAGGGCAUCGCAGCCAAGCGAGCGUCGAGCACCGGCUCCGCUCAGUCUGAAAAGUCCCUUCAUGAUCACGAUAACAACUCAUGGCGACACAAGGCAAAACAUCACUUCAAGCUCGUCUCCAAGAUGCUUAAACGUAGCCCAUGA